AUGCUGUGGGUCAAGUCAGUUGAGGUAGCCAGCGUUCCAAGUGUCUUUAGCUGCUGUAGACCAUUAUAUUACACGCCAUGGAGGAAGUCUCAACGGCACAGCUGAUGCAUGUUGACCUUACUUGCAUGUAACGUUAACUUGAGUGUUGUGUGUUAAACAGCUGACAGCAAUGUUUUUCUCCGCCCCUCCAGAUGCUGAUGCCCAAGAAAAAUCGUAUAGCCAUCUACGAGCUCCUCUUCAAGGAGGGAGUGAUGGUGGCAAAAAAGGAUGUGCAUCUGGCUAAGCACCCGGAACUGGCCGAUAAGAAUGUGCCCAACCUUCACGUUAUGAAGGCCAUGCAGGUUAGAUUUUGUACACAUGAUUGAGAAUGAAACCAGGAUAGGAUCAACUUUAUUGUCCCUAAGGGGACAUUUUUCUUUGACACCCAGUAUUGUAGCUGUAAAACUUUUUACUGGUUUGUUGGCAAAAUGUCCUCAACUGACUGUGACCCUCCCUCUGCAGUCUCUGAAGUCAACUGGGUAUGUGAAGGAGCAGUUUGCCUGGCGCCACUUCUACUGGUACCUGACCAAUGAGGGCAUCCAGUACCUGAGGGACUUCCUGCAUCUGCCCCCAGAGAUUGUUCCUGCCACUCUGCGUCGCCAGAUGCGCCCUGAGACCGCCCGGCCCAGGCCUAAAGGUAGGCUGCAUAUCAUGACUGUGGCCUUUUCUCAUUUGUAGAAAAAGUCUGUCCUCCGCCCUCUCUCCCCCGUGACCCGGAAACCGAUAAGUGGUCGAGGAGAGUUGCCCCGUUCAAAACAACUGGGAACUCUGAAAAAUACGAAGUAAAAUCAUGACGUCAGUGAUCUUCAGGUCGGAAAGACGGAGCUCUAGAAAGAGGCCUGAGUUGGAUGAUGGUUCAAAAUGAUUUUUCCCAGUCGGAGCUCGUUUUUUUUUUCCUGCGUUCCCAAUUGUUUUGAACGCACUGAAGUUGAAAGUUGGAGAUUUCCGAGUUCCCAGUUUUGAAUGCGGCAAGUGUCAAUUCGUUAUUAGGCAAACGGAAGACUGUUCUCCCCUCCUCGAUAGCCUCCUUUUGGCGAGGAAGCACAAGUGUAUCCUACCGGAGUCCUUUGUGGAAGAGUUUUCAAAUCUGCCACACCCCCUUUGAAUCUGCUAUUGUUUUCUUGAAGGAUUAAAGCAUGCAAACAUUUAAAAACAAUAUGCUACUUAUCCUUUCAUCUAUAAAAUGCAUUGCAUAACUAGCCAAAUAAUUUAAUCACUUUAUACAUUUAUUUUGGGGUUCCAACCUGUAAACGUCAUUUGCCUGACGACGCGUGAUUGGAGGAGUCUCAUUUCAUACAAGCGCAUUUUCGUCCACUUUCCCUCUCCGCCACUCCUCGAUUACCUUUGACCUUUUUCAAAAGGAUGCUAGAGAGGACAGGAGUUCAGGAAAUCCAAUUGCGAAAAGGCCCAUAUGUUUCACCUGGGUCCUGUUCAGGAGGGUGCACUGUUCAAAUGUAACUAUGUAAAACAGAUAUGAUUGUCAUGUAGAAUUGGGUAUCAUGUCAGCUCUAUUCAUUAUUUCUGUGAUUUUUGUAAUGCACUUCCAAUCAGUAAUUCCAGUUUGACUGAUUCCUAUACUUAGGCAGCAGGUUUCCUUCAUGGAUGUAUAGUGUGGUGAACAUUGCAGGUGUUAUGCCAGUUGUUUGCAGAUGAGAUGAGUGGUGUAAAACAUCCUCCUGUUUCAGGUAUGGAGGGUGAGAGAGGCGAGAGGCCAACCAGGUUUAACCGUGAAGGAGGAGACCGAGACAACUACAGACGUUCUGUUGCACCACGUAAGUACCCAAAUCACCUGUUUUAUGUUCGAUAAGCAUGCACCAAUAUGGAAACACUGGGCCAAUACCAAUAUUUGCUUUGCCACGGUGGCUGACCUAUGAUGCAGCACAUGGUAAACUGAAUGAAAAUUACCUAAAUCUCUACUUGUUUGAUGAUCAUACUUUGUCCUUUUAGCUGGUGCAGACAAGAAGGCUGAAGCAGGUGCUGGUGCAGCUACUGAAUUCCAAUUCGUAAGUAAACACUUUCCCAAGCAUUUGAAUCAAGGAUGGGUGCCAUGCUAUAUUGUAGGCCAAUUGUGAUCUUCAAGGACCGAAAACAUACCAACUUGUAUUGUGUGUUGCAGAGAGGUGGUUUUGGACGUGGCAGAGGACAGCAACCACCACAGGAGUAAAGCAGACUGUUCUUGUACAGUAUAAUAAAAGGUGAUUGGUGUAA